GCUGCAUCAACCUCAGAAAAAAAAGUAGAUCCUUUUGAUUGUCUGCAGCUGUUUAUUAAAUUGUAUUCCGUCCAGCAAGAUGACUUUCUCAGGAUGUCUUUGGUUGGUUUACCUGACCUGCACUUUGCUUGCGUUUGUCUCUCCGGCUCCGAUGCUGGACCAGUACUCUCAGGGUUUGGAUUGGUUGAGCAGGUAUGGAUACCUGCCCCCUCCGGAUCCCCACACAGGAAAGCUGCAGACUAAAGAAGGCAUUGAGAGAGCCAUUAAAGAAAUGCAGCGUUUCGCUGGCCUCAAAGACACAGGCAAACUCGACAGUGACACACUGAAACUGAUGAACACACCACGGUGUUCACUGCCAGACAUUAUAGGGUCUGAGGACAAGCUGAAAAAGCGGAGGAGGAAGAGAAGAUAUGCAACCACUGGGCUUCGCUGGAAAAAGUCUGAAGUCACAUGGAGCAUCCAUAAUUACCCAUCUCUCCCUCCAUUCCUCAAUCCCAGUGAAGUGAACAAUAUUAUGGCCUAUGCCCUUAAAGCCUGGAGUGAUGUGACCAACCUCGAGUUUCGUGCUACAUCCUCAAACAAACAGGACAAAGCUGAUAUCAAGAUCUCUUUUGGUCGAAUGAACCAUGAAGAUGGGUAUCCAUUCGAUGGGAAGGGAGGGACACUUGCUCAUGCCUUCUUCCCAGGGGAGGCUGAUAUUUCUGGAGAUACACAUUUUGAUGAUGAUGAGAGCUGGACCUACAAAGAUGACUGGGGCACUGAUUUGUUUGCGGUGGCUGUUCAUGAAUUUGGUCAUGCCCUGGGUCUCUCUCAUUCCUCCGCUCAUCAUUCCAUCAUGAGGCCGUACUACCAGGGUCAUGUUGGUGAUUACGCAUCCUACAUUCUUCUGGAAGAUGAUCGCUAUGCCAUUCAGUCGCUCUACGGAAGCAAGAGAAGCACAUCAAAACCAUUCCCAAAUCUUCCCACACCUGCCUUGCCAAAACCACCGAGACCACCUCAGCCCAAACCACCGAGUACACCUCAGCCCAAACCACCUCAGCCCAAACCACCUCAGCCCAAACCACCUCAGCCCAAACCACCGAGUACACCUCGGCCCAAAGUUCCAAUACAACCUGAUCCAUCAGUCCUGGACCGUUGUAAAGGAGAUUUUGAUGCAGUGGCAGACAUCAGGGGAGAAGUUUUCUUUUUUAAAGGUCAAUAUUUCUGGCGAAUCCAGCAAUCCGGUUCUCUUGGGUCCUUUGAGCCAGUUCUCAUAAAAAACUUCUGGUUCGGUCUUCCUCCCGGCACUAACAAGAUAGAUGCAGUUUAUGAAAGACAAACGGAUAGCAGGAUCAUCUUCUUCAUAGGCUCACAGUACUGGGUAUUUAAAGACAACAUGGCAAUGUCUGGCUACCCACGUCCACUGUCAGACUGGGGGCUGAUCUCUCAUGACGGAAGUGAGGUGAGGAGGGUGGACGCUGCCUUUAUUUGGGCUCAUAAUGGAAAAACCUACAUCUUCAGUGGUGGAGAGUACUGGAGGUUCUCUGGGACUGAGAAGAGCCGUGCAGAUGCAGAUUACCCCAAAAACGCCAUCCUCUGGACGGGCGUGCCCAGUAACCCCGAUGAUAUCAUCUGGAGAGACGGUUAA